UUGCUAUUCUAUACGGAGCACAGUUCAAACGGCGCUGAAAAUUCAGAGUUGGCAAGGACUUUCAAGAAUAACAUUCGUAAUGGCUGCUCGCUCCGUUGUUAGAUAUUUACGUCCAAAAAAUGUUGUGUCUCAAAUUCACCGUUGUUCUUCGUUAUCUGCAUUCGAAAUACAACACAAAACUCCAACUAUUAAGAAAGUAAUGCCAAUACCAAAGGCACAUUAUGGUGGACGACACACGGUUACUCUUCUUCCCGGUGCUGGUAUUGGUCCAGAAUUGAUGAACUAUGUCAAAGAGGUUUUCAGUUAUGCAGGUGUACCAGUAGAUUUUGAAGAUGUGGAUAUAGAUCCUAAUGCAGAUGAUAAUGUUGAUCUAGAUUUUGCUAUUACAUCAAUUCGUAGGAAUGGUGUAGCAUUGAAAGGAAAUAUUGAAACUCGUAGUACAGAAGCUGAAGUACUUUCUCGAAAUGUUGCACUCAGAAAUCAAUUGGAUCUUUAUGUAAAUGUCUUACAUUGUGUGUCCUAUCCAGGAGUGAAUUCACGCCAUAAAAACAUUGACAUUGUUAUUGUCAGACAAAAUACAGAGGGAGAAUAUGCCAUGUUAGAGCAUGAAAGCGUGAAAGGUGUUGUAGAGAGUAUGAAGGUGAUUACAAGCAGCAAUUCAGAACGUGUUGCAAGAUAUGCAUUUGAAUAUGCUAAACGAAAUGGAAGAAAGAAGGUUACUACAGUUCAUAAGGCAAAUAUAAUGAAAUUGUCUGAUGGUUUAUUUUUAGAAACAUCAAAGAGAGUUGCAAAAGAUUACCCAGAUAUUGUCCAUAAUGACAUGAUUAUCGACAAUACUUGUAUGCAACUGGUUUCCAACCCACAUCAGUUUGACAUUGUAUUAACAACUAAUCUAUAUGGAGCCAUUGUAUCAAAUGUAGUUUGUGGCCUGUUAGGUGGCGCUGGAUUGUUAGCUGGUAAAAACUUUGGUGACCAUUAUACAAUAUUUGAACCAGGUACUCGUAAUACUGGUACAAGUAUUGCUGGAAAAAAUGUUGCAAACCCUAUUGCAAUGUUAAAUGCAGCUGUUGAUAUGUUACGUCAUCUUGGACAUAAAAAUCAUGCCGCAUUAAUUCAGAAUGCAAUCAAUAAAACUAUCAACCAAGGUAUUCAUACACGUGAUCUUGGUGGACAAGCUACAAGCAGAGAAGUUGUCGACUCCAUCAUGAAGCACAUUAAAAUAGCAUCUAAUUAAAGACUGACAAAUAUUUUUGUUGGAUAUUAAUAUUUGUAGAAAAAUACCUACGUACUAUUGAAUUUUGCUUCUUA